AUGAGGCUAUUUCUCAUCCGCCACGCAGAAUGCGAGCAUAAUGUGGGCAAAGCGUUGGGCAACUCGGAUAACCUGACAGGAGUCGGCAAAGAUCAGGCCCUCCGGCUAGCGCGAUACUUUCGUGAUCGACCGGUGCGGUUCACGCGCGUGCUCUCGUCGGAUCUCGAUCGUGCGACCGAUACCGCCCGUACGAUCUGCCAGUACCAACUGGGUAGUGGCCCUGCGCUGGAACCCUUCCAAACGGCCAAGCUGCGCGAGCAGUGCUUUGGGUGUGGUCGGUUGUCCCGCGAGGUGACCCAGAUCGAAUCGAUGGCGUCGAUGCGCGCGCGGGUCAAUGGCUUUCUGCGGGAUCAUAUCUUGCCGGAGAUGGCUAGUCAUGUUACCGGUGGCAAUGCAGUUAUUGCGGUCGUUGGGCAUGGUGUCAUUUUGCAGGUUUUGUGGGCAUGCUUAACAGAGAUCUUUGGCUCGCAGUCGUUCCAUCUGGCACAGGAUGCUUCGGCGCCGGGAGCUGAUUAUAUGCAUCCCCUGUGGUCAAAUACUGGGAUCAUGGAGGUGGACAUUCGUCCUGGCGGGCCGCCGGAGGAGUUGCUGCUCAGGAAUAUGAUCCAUCCUAAUGUCGAGCCACCCUGGCUUAUGAGGGCGAAACCACCUCUCCCGCCUGAUGGUAGUGCGCCGUUGAUCGGGUGGUCGGUGACGAUCAUGACGGUCGAUAACACGGCUCAUCUUGAUGGCGAGGCACUGGCGCAGACUGUCCCCGCGGUCGUGCCGCAGUCGAGACAACAGCCGAUGGACCAGUUCUAUCGGCUGACGGGGAGUGUGUGA